GCCUUCCAACAUAACCAACAUUCCGCCCCUAACACGGCCUCCAAACGUAACCACCACCCUGAACCAAACACGGCCUUCCAACAUAACCAACAUCCCGCCCCUAACACGGCCUCCAAACGUAACCACCACCCUGAACCAAACACGGCCUUCCAACAUAACCAACAUCCCGCCCCUAACACGGCCUCCAAACGUAACCACCACCCUGAACCAAACACGGCCUUCCAACAUAACCAACAUCCCGCCCCUAACACGGCCUCCAAACGUAACCACCACCCUGAACCAAACACGGCCUUCCAACAUAACCAACAUCCCGCCCCUAACACGGCCUCCUAACGUAACCACCACCCUGAACCAAACACGGCCUUCCAACAUAACCAACAUCCCGCCCCUAACACGGCCUCCAAACGUAACCACCACCCUGAACCAAACACGGCCUUCCAACAUAACCAACAUCCCGCCCCUAACACGGCCUCCAAACGUAACCACCACCCUGAACCAAACACGGCCUUCCAACAUAACCAACAUCCCGCCCCUAACACGGCCUCCAAACGUAACCACCACCCUGAACCAAACACGGCCUUCCAACAUAACCAACAUCCCGCCCCUAACACGGCCUCCCAACAUAACCAACAACCUGAACCAAACAAUUUUUCCCAUCAUAACCACUAACUCAACCCAAACAAAGCCUCCCAACAUAACUAGCUUGACCCAGACACGGCCUUCCAACAUCACCACAAACCCAACCCAGUCAGGCCCCAUCACUGUAAUAAACAUUAUAACAAUGUCAAGUUCUAAUACUCAAUCAAUAGAAAUCACUGGCAGGGAUAACUGCAGGAGAGAUAGAGCAUGUUUCUCCGCUCCACCUUCCUGCAAUCCAGGUGCACAAGGUUCCUGCUAUUUCCUCUCCACAAGAGGAGUAAGCGGGAAUGCAAAUAAUUUUACUUUUGAGCUCAGUGGAGAGACAGAUGGUUACAUUGGAGCUGGCCUUUCUAGAGACACCAGUGGUCAGGGUGCCACCGUCUAUUCUUGCGCCAAUAUCAAUGGUGCACUGAAGUUGAUUCGUUCCACGCUGAACAAUCAAAUUCUGACUCAGGAUAACACAUUCAUCCCUGGAAGCGUCCGUGGCUCAGUGAUUGGCAAAAAGAUUCAAUGCAUUUUCAAUGCUGCAGGUCUCAGCAGCACAGCCCGUGCUGCAACCACAGAAACUUUUGUCUUCCUUUUAACAGGCAGUGUAUCAAAUGGUUCUCUUGAAUCUCCAGUCAGUAAACUAGCCACCAAUGGGUCAGUAGACUUAAGCAACCCUAACAGCACAGAUGUAUCAGUAAUAACCAGUACAAAUGCCACUGUAUCUAAUACCACAUCAAUAUCAACAACUACCCCAUCUACGAACCUGACCCAGACGGUCCCUCCCAACAUGAAUGCCAAUGUGACCAAAAUGGGUCCGCUCAACACGACUGCGAACUUGACCCAGACGCGUCCUCCCAACAUUACCACCAACAUGACCCAAAUGGGUCCCCUCAACACGACUGCGAACUUGACCCAGACGCGUCCUCCCAACAUUACCACCAACAUGACCCAAAUGGGUCCCCUCAACACGACUGCGAACUUGACCCAGACGCGUCCUCCCAACACGACUGCCAACAUGACCCAAAUGGGUCCCCUCAACACGACUGCGAACUUGACCCAGACGCGUCCUCCCAACAUUACCACCAACAUGACCCAAAUGGGUCCCCUCAACGCGACUGCGAACUUGACCCAGACGCAUCCUCCCAACAUUACCACCAACGUGACCCAAAUGGGUCCCCUCAACACGACUGCGAACUUGACCCAGACGCGUCCUCCCAACAUUACCACCAACGUGACCCAAAUGGGUCCCCUCAACACGACUGCGAACUUGACCCAGACGCGUCCUCCCAACAUUACCACCAACGUGAUCCAAAUGGGUCCCCUCAACGCGACUGCGAACUUGACCCAGACGCGUCCUCCCAACAUUACCACCAACGUGACCCAAAUGGGUCCCCUCAACGCGACUGCGAACUUGACCCAGACGCAUCCUCCCAACAUUACCACAAACUUAACCCCAAAACCGUCAGGCUCUAAUACCUUGACCAAUGGCAACACCAAUAAUCCACCAUUGGAAAUCACUGGCAGGGAUAACUGCAAGAGAGAUAGAGCAUGUUUCUCUGCUCCACCUUCCUGUAAUCCAGGGUCACAAGGUUCCUGCUAUUUCCUCUCCACAAGAGGAGUUAGUGGAAAUGAGAAUAAUUUUACUUUUGAGCUCAGUGGGGAGACAGAUGGUUACAUUGGAGCAGGCCUCUCUCGAGACAAAAGUGGUCAAGGAGCCACUGUCUAUUCUUGCGCCGCAGUCAAUAAUGAACUGAAGUUUUUCCGUUCCACACUCAACAAUCAAAUACUGACUCAGGAUGGCACAUUAAUUCCUGGAAGUUUCCGUGGUUCGAUAAUUGGAAAAAAGAUUCAGUGCAUUUUCACUGCUGCAGGUCUCAGUAGCACUGCCCGUGCUGCCACCACAGACAGUUUUGUCUUCUUUUUAACAGGAACCGUCUCAAAUGGUUCUCUGGAUUCUCCAGUGACUAGACUGGCCACAAAUGGGUCAGUGGACUUAAGCAACCCUAACAGCACAGAUGUUUCAGUAAUAACACCCAGUAUAAACACCACCACUACAUCCCCAAACACCACUGCAUCUACUGCAUCCGGAGUAUCUACAGCUAAUAAUGGGACAAACAAUGACAAGGUCACCAAAGACAACUGUAAGAAGGACAGGGCAUGUUUCUCUGCUCCAACCGACUGUGACCCAUCCAGCUCAAGUAGCUGCUUCUUUGCCUCCACAAGAGGAGUGAACGGAAACUCUGACAAUCUCACUUUUGAGCUCAGCGGGGAUACACCUGGUUACAUUGCAGUUGGCUUGUCUCGAGACAAGAAGGGUGAUAGUGACACAGUCUAUUCUUGUGUCAAUGACAAUGGUGUGGCGAGGUUCAUCCGUGCCACGCUGAAUAAUACCAUUCUGACUCCGGAUAAGUCUUUUAACCCCGGAUCCUUCCGUGGCUCUGUGAACGGCACUAGGAUUCAGUGCAUUUUUGUAGCUGCGGGUCUCAGCAGCACUGCCCGUGCGGCAAAUACAAGUGCUUUCCUCUAUAUCUUAACUGGCAACUAUACAAAUGGCACUCUAGGGUCGCCAGUCACACGACUGUCUACAAAUUCACAGGUUGACCUAACCAACACUAACAGCUCAGAUGUCAUAACACCCACUACUGUGGUUUCUACUACAGCAAAACCAGCUACAACAGCAGGGAGCAAUGCACUGCAUCACGCUGCAUCUCAGGCUGCUCUGCUAAUUCUCUCAGGGAUCCUUGCAGUCCUCCUGUUGUAAGGAUACUGCCAACACAUCAUUUACUUUCUGAAAUCGGGCAAUGAGCACUGAACGCUUGAUGACCCCAACACUGAAGUAGAUGUGACUGUGCAGUAUUGGGACUUUGAGAACAGUGAAGGAAGGAGCUGAAAAUGUUGGGAAGAGGGCAAUACACCAUUUUUGUGACCUGUGUCUAUGUGGGAGAGAGGUUGUGUUUGAGAGUGUUUUUGUGAGCAUUAGUGUUCAUAUUCUAAUAACGUACUGCUAGGUUCCUUCACAGAGAGGGCAGAUAAAAAUGUUUUAUAAAACAAUAAAAAUGAAAUGGUCUAUUUAAUUUAAUUGUGCCAGUAUGAUGCCACCAAGUGGCUGAAAUUAUUAAAGAUUAUUAUUUUUAAAUGUCUUAAUUUAUAUUUGCAACUGUUGCCUCAAAACUACUGUUCCCUGUAAGUUUUAAAGUCGCAUGUAUAUUUUUAU